AUGUGCUCCCGCCAGGACAAAGACCAGUGCCACCAGCAAGAACAAUCCUCAUGCCACAGCAGUGAGGGAUGUCACAGGAGCAGUGGAGGAUCAGGAUGCCAUGCGAGCAGCGGUGGGUCUGGUUGCCACGGAAGCAGUGGAUCCAGAUGCCAUGGGAGCAGUGGAUCUGGAUGCCGCAGGAGCAGUGGAUCCGGGUGCCACAGGAGCAGUGGUGGAUCCAGUUGCCAUGGGAGCAGUGGAUCUGGAUGCCACAGGAGCAGUGGUGGAUCCGGAUGCCACAGGAGCAGUGCGGGAUCCUGCCAUGGAAAGCCACAGGAUUGCCAGCAGCAGAUUUAUCAAGUAUCCUCGAAGAUGAAGUGA